UGCUACCUUGACGUGGUGGUCGGGCUUGAACACCGCAAUGACCUAAUCAAGCUAUACUGGCUGAGACUUAUGUCUCUUGAGGUUCUACCAUGCCAGGCAGGUUGUUUGGAUAGCGGUUAAACAAAAAGCAGCUACCCAAUCCAACAUCAUGUCCAAUACAAAAUUACAAAAUUUCAUGCCGGAUCGGCCGUGGCCCGGAUUAACAACGACCGCGCUUCCUGCUGCCGUGUCACAGGGCGGGAGUGAUAAAUCAGCUACUGAGGCACACAAAACAAGAAGAACGAACAAAAGCAGGCCGCGUGUGACCGGCCUCAAGCAGUUGUCCCCUGGGCUCUGCGGUCACGCAACCAACUUCCACGGUGUGGGCAGCCGGGAAGUAACAAUCGCCCUCACAAUCCAAAACGCACACAAAACCUCUCUAAUCCUCACUUAUCUUUGUCUUCAUCUUCAUCUCUAUCAUCUUGCCUUCCUUCCACUGAUGCAACUCCUCGACUUGAUAGCUCUCCACUUUCUCUCCACUCUGCGUCCACUAAAAACGAUGGAAGCCAAAAAACCACCAUCGACAGCCUCUUAAAGCCGCGCCACCAAUUUCAUAUAGGAGCAUUUAAUGUUAGGACACUUUGCCAAAUAGGACAACAAGCAUCACUAGCCAAGACCCUGGCAUCACGAGCCAUUGAUGUGUGCUGUGUUUCAGAAACACGCAUACAAGACCCAAGUGUGGUUAUUCACCUAACCCCACCUGGCCAACAGGUUGAAUCUGCAAAAUUCACCUUGAGGGUGUCAGGAGAUGCCACAGCUAGUUCACGAGGAUUAGCUGGCGUAGGGAUAGCUUUGAGUACUAGGGCAGAAAAGACAUUGCUUGACUGGAUCCCAGUAGAUAGCCGAAUGUGUGCUGUCCGCCUGAACGGAUCAGUAAGAAGGAGGAAGGACUGCACUACUCGCCGAUGCCUUUUCGUAAUCUCCGCCUACGCCCCCACUGACUGCAGUUCAGAUGAAACGAAGGAUGAGUUCUACGAAAAGUUGUCUAGUUUGGUGAGAAAGGC